CCCUCCCUGCCUUCCCACUCCUCCAGAGCCCCGGCAUCUUCCCCGGCAUCUUCCAGCCUUCUCCGACAUCCCCCGGCAGCGCCGGCGCCAGAGCCCCGGCAUCCCCCGGCAGCACCGAUGCUGAGCACGGAAAGUUUCGCAGGGGCGAGAGCCCUGGGCGAGGAGUCGCUGCAGAUGUGGGACCUCAACAAGCGGCUGGAGGCGUACCUGGCCCGCGUGAAGUUUCUGGAGGAGGAGAAUGAGGUGCUGCGAGCCGAAAUCCAGAGUGCCAAGGGCAGCCCCGCCGGGGACUCGUGGCGGGCAAAGUACGAGGAGGAGUUGCGAGCCCUGCGCGAUGCGCUGGAUCAUGCCUUCAGGGAGAAGUGCACGGCCGAGCUGGCCAGGGACAACCUCUACGAGGAGGUUCAGCAGGUGAAAAGCAGGUGCCAGAAGGAGCAAGCAGCCCGAGAAGAAGCCAAGAAGCUGCUGUCCUUGAGCAGGAAGGAGCUGGAGGAGGAGAGGAGAGCGCAGAUCUGGCUGAAGGAGAGAGCCGUGCAGCUGGAGAAGGAGGUGGAAGCCUUGCUGGAGGUGCACGAGGAGGAAAAAGCAGGGCUGGACCAGGAGAUCGCCAGCUUCUCGCAGAGCCUGGAGAGCUUCCGCUGCGCGCCGGUGGCUUUCCAGCCGGUGGAGGUGGAGGACUACUCCAAGAGGCUCUCGGAGAUCUGGAAAGGGGCAGUGGAGACCUACAAGACAGAGGUGUCGCAGCUGGAGGGUUCCCUCUGCCAGGCCAAGGAGAACCUCUGGAAGGCGGUGGAGGACAACCAGCAGAGCCAGCUGCAGCUGCAGCACCUGGAGAAGGACCUGGCGGGGCUCAAAGCACGGAAGGAGAUGCUGGAGGAGAACCUGGCUCGGCAGUGGCAGGAGCAGCGCGGGGAGGCAGAGAAGUUCCAGCUGGCGAUGGAGGCCCUGGAGCAGGAGAAGCAGAGCCUGCGGGUGCAGAUCGCCCAGGUGCUGGAGGACAGGCAGCAGCUCAUGCACCUCAAGAUGUCCCUCAGCCUGGAAGUGGCGACCUACAGGACGCUGCUGGAAGCAGAGAGCACCCGCUUGCAAAUGCCAGCUGGGGAAUACAAGCUGGCCAACGGUUUGCGAGAUCUCAAGCUGGAGGUGAGCAGCGGCAGCAAACUGGCACCGGCGAGCACCGACGCCAGGCGGCUGCUGCCCUGGGACCACCGUGCCAGCCCCUCCAUCUUCUCCAGGGCAGAGGGGAGGGGACAGCCAGCCAAAACCCAAAGCGACUCCCUGACACCCAAAAGCCAGAGCUCUGGCACCAGAGAGCUCCAGAAAAUCAGCUCAGUCCUCCAUGCCACGGCACCGCAGACUGCCAGCACGACCAGGGAGCUGGGUGCCCCCAUCUGCCCCUCGCAGCCUGGCAAAACUGCCCCUCCUCUCUCCCCAGAGCCCCCCAGCCACGUGCCACCGGAGCCAGGGAGCCCAGGGGGUGAGGGUCCUGCCUGGCCGGGGGGAGCCGGGGGUGAGAUGAGCCAAGGGAAGGAGCAUCCUCCACCCGGAGCCACGGCGGAGCCCCACGAUGCCAGCGUGGAGCCCCUGGGAACGGCGCCCGCCCGCAGCCUGCGGUACCCAGCCCAGCUGGUCAGCGAGGCGCUGGAGGAUGCUCUCAAGGAAAUGAAAGACGAUGCUCAGCCCAAAGAAGAGCCCACGCUCAGCGCCGCGUGGGGCCUCCGGGACACCCGUGCCCCCAGCCCCGUUCCCCCCAUAGAGGCUUGUGGAGGGGAUGUUGCAGCGGGGGACGGGGAAGGGCAAGACCCCUCUGAGGGUGCCAGGGAUGGGGAAGCCCCCGAAGUGGAGGAGAGGGCUGGGGAAGCCGUGGUCCAGGGGCUGGGUGCAGAGAGCAGAGCCCUGCGGGAUGGAGCUGCAUCCCCGCCAGGACCACAUCCCUGCGGCACGGCUGCUUCCCGGAGUGCCGCGGCGAGCCAGGAAGAGCUGGGAGUGUGGGAGGAGGAGAUGCCCAGUGUGCUGAGCUCAAGGGAACCAGAAGUGGUGGCCCAGGAAGAGGACACGAGUGACCCUGGUCAGAUGGGGACCACCUGGGAAGAGCCAGAGCAAGAGGAGGACGAGGCCCCAAGCACAGAGGCAUCGCACCCCUCGGAGGAUGAAGAGGAGAGGGGAUCCCGCAGCCCCUGCGGGGAGGACAGUGAUUUCCAGGGCGAAGGAAUGGAUGUGCGAGAGGGGGAGUCCCCGCAAAGGGAAGUCGAAGCUGCUCAUGCUGUCCUCGUGGAAAGCCACCUGGUUUUGCCCACAGAAAGUCACCUGGAAGAGGACUUUGUUGAUGGAGAGCAGGAAAAGUCUGAGCAGCGGCAAAUGCCCAUGUGUGAGAUGGAUCUGGCUGCAGAGGAGGAAAGGGAGCAGGAGACGUGCCUGGGGCAGGAGCCCUCGAGCAUCCAUGAGGCCAUCCCAACAGAAGGGGCUUCAUCAGGGGCUGAAGAAGAUGCCGUGGGAGAGGAGGACCCAGGCAGAGCAAAAGAUGGUGAGGGAGAAAAGGGAGAGGCUGUUGGGGAGGUGCUGGUAGGAGAAGACCUCGGGGCAGGAGAGGCUGCAGGACCUGAAACCUUGGGACACAAGAGCGGAGCCCUGGAGGAGCCUGGGGACCUGCAGGAAAAUGGCUUUGAGGAACAGGUACUGGAGCAGGAGCUGGAGCCAGAGCUGGGAGAGGAGCCCUGGGGCAAGGGGGACAAUGGCAACGGCCAAAAGCCCCGUCCAGAGGACUGGGAGGUGACAGCAGAGGACACAGAGGGGGCUCUGGGGACAGAGGAGCCAGCCUGGGCAGAUGACACCCCAACAAGCGCAGGAGGGCUGGAAAGCGAGGAGAGAGGUGGCACAUCACCAGCAGAGCUGGAGGAAACCCAGGAGGAUGAUGAAGAAGAUGCUGAGAGCCAGGGGAUGAGCCAGCAGCAGCCACCGCCGGAGGCUGAGCCGGCCCUGGAGCUGGCAAGGGACGAGCAGGAUGGCACCACAGGGCAGCCUGCCCAGGCACCCGCAGAUGUCCCCGGGCAAGGGGACAGCCAGGAGCCAGCUGAGGCUCCGGAGGAGCCAGGGGAGGUGCAGGAUGAGGAUGCUGAUGAUGAGCUCGGCUCAGAGCCGGGACAGCCGGAGAGCAGCAGCACCAGCCCCGCGGCACUUCAGCAGGUACCCGGUGACGGCACGGAGAGCGGCGAGGCGGCGGAGGAGGAUGCCGGGAGACCAGGAGAGCUGGAGCUGGUACCGGGGGUGGGCAGGAGGGUGGAGCUGGAGGACACGCUGCCCGACAGCACGCCCUUGCACCUCUACGAAGGGGAGAUGCUGGCUGAGGUGAAACCCAACCAAAACGCUCCGGAGACUGAGGAGACCACAGAGACAGCCCCUGCAUCCAAAAUAGCUCCGGAGGAUGAAGGAUGGCUGGAAGGGAAGGACAAGCCACCAACUCCCACCGUGCCAGAGAGCCAUGAUGAGGAGGCAGGGAUGGAGGUAGCCCCUGUGGCAGAGGGUGCUGAGGAGGAGGAAGGUUAUUUCAUGGUCUCUGCUCCCAACCAAGAGGUGUCCAGCUCGGAGGAAGCUGAGAUCUCUGAGGACUUUGAAGAAAUUAAAGUUGAAGCAAUCGAAGCCAGCAAAGAUGAUCUGGAAGCUCCUGGAGAAGCAUCUCCAGUGCCAGAGGACGAAGGGCACUUUGAGGCGUUUGUUGGUGAAGCAGAUGAAGACAUGAAGAUACCCCCAGAAGAACCUGAGAUGCCAAAGGAUGAGGAUGAGGACGAUGAUGGGGGUUUUACUGCUGAGCUGGAGGAAGGUAUGGCUGAACCCGAGGCAGACCCCGGCUCCCCCAGGGCCGUGGGGCUGUUAGCCGGAGGUGAGGAUGAACCAGCCCGGGGUGCCGCAGGCUCCGGCGCACACAAGGGACCAGGGUGCUCAGAGGACUUGGCUGCCGAAUCGAUCGAGGAGCUCGAUGGCACGGUGGAGCCGGAGAGAGAUGCUGGCACAGCCGAAACGCUCCCAGGCUGCAACCUGGGGCUGGUGGGGCAGGAGGAGGAGGAGGAGGAGGAGGAGGAGGAGCCCGGUACGGCUCACCACGACACGGCCGAGCCCAUCCCGCCGGCAGAGCUGCAGGCCAGGGUGUGCCGGUUUUCUCCGCUGCCCGACCAAGCGGAGCAGACAUCAGAUGAGCAGCCAUUUGUGGAGGAGGAAGCACCAGAUGGUGACAGUCCUCUCCCGGCUGGGGACGAGGAGCCCCCCGAGGCCGACCCACCUCAGCCGGGCUCUGCGCCGGAGCAGGGAGGUUUCCCAGAGAUGAUUGAAGAAAGCCCAGGCGCUGCUGAUCUCUCUGCAAAGGUGCCGGUGGACGUCAUGAAGGACUCGGAUAUUUUGGAAAUAGUCGAGCAAGCCCUGGAGUUCAACCAGGAGCUGGUGAUGGGGGUGAGGGCGGCCGAGGGUGGGCAGCGGGAUUCCCGCGGGACCGAGCUCCCCCAGGACGCUGAGGAAGACUCCUCACCUGCCUCGUCCAGCGAGGAGGAGCCGACGGUGCAGGAGGCACCAGCGGAUGCGGCACCGGGGACGGAGGGUCUGCUUCGGGCCGAGAACGGGCUGCACCGCGAGGCCAGCCUGGAGGACCUGGCCGAAUUCACCGAGGAGGUGCUGAACGGCAUCGCCGGCGUGCCACCGGCGCAGGAGUUCCCCGCGGAGCCUUCGGCCCCCGGCGCGGUGAUGCCCCUGCAGCCCCCCGCUCCCGGCGAUGCCACCGCCGCCAAGCUGGCCGAUGCCACCCCGUGUGGCAAGCACGGCGGAGCCGACACCGUCCCCGUCCCCUCCGCUUUGGGGGACGAUGUCUUGUGCCUCGCGCCCGACCAGCCGCCGGCGUGCCGGCUGAGAGCCGAGCAAGAACCCUGGUCCUUGGGGGACGAGUGACGGCGGCGGCGGGGGACCCCUCCAGUAGCCCCCUCCCUGCCAAAACCCAGCACCCUCACUUCACCCACCCGCCCACCUAACACUUCUCCAUCUCCUUAUGAUUUUUAACAUGUUUGUGUGGAUUUUUUGCACCCCUUUUCAGAGUGAAGAACCACCAAGCUCCAUUCCCCGCCCUGGCCCCCCAGUUUUCGCAUGCUUGCUCCGGGACCCCAGCCUCAUUUUGUGCCCCCUCUGGGUGGGUUGCCGUGGCUAUAUUUAAUUUAAACCCCAUGUUUCCCCCCUUCCCUGUGAUCUCCCCCCCCUCGCCCCCCCAGUGCAUCUGCCCCAGGAAGCCCAGCUGGAGGCUGGGGACCCCCACACGCUGUACCCCGGGACCCAGCACCUCGGGGCAAGGGCACCCCGGGGUCCCCAGCCCCGACCCGCCGACGCUCGCGGGGCUGACCCACGCCGGAUGUAUUCUCUGCCUUGACGUUAAUUUAAUAAAGCCUCCUCCUCCCACACGGA